AUGACAACCUUUGUGAUCAACCUCACCCUCUACACACAGAGUUCGCGUUGUUUCAACGCUCGAACUACGUUUCAAACUGAGAUUCAACGCCAGUUGUUCUCUCUUCGAAUCAAAUUUGAACAUGUGAAAAAUUUUGUUUAUCCAUUUGAGGAGUUGCUCUCAGCAACUAAAAAGUUACUCACAGAAAAUGAGCUGAAUGAAUGCUUUCCACCAUUUAAUGAAAGCACAAACUACUUUUCUCUCCAACAACUUGUCAGCGCUGCCUGUCAAGACGAAAACGUGUUUGAGACAUUUGCAUGGUGUUACCCACUCCACUGCUCUUCAGCCGAUUUUUUAGCACUCUUUUUGAAUCGAUUUCAGUUAGCGAUGUCCAUAGACACCACACUCUCAAGAAGUCUUAGAGACCAAAUUCCAAAGAGAUUUUUAUACUGGGUGACUAAUGUGUUUCCACAGAUACCAGAGUCUCUACGACUGAAGGCCCGUACCGACUUUUUAUGUGUUUGUGAUUGCCUUUUAUCUUAUGGGUUUCGAAAAAUUGGAGAAGAAUUGAAAGCCAAAUUAGACAAGCCAUCGGCCAGAGGUAAAUUUAGAACUAGCUCUUCAAAACUUACAUACUCGGAUAAUACAAAACUCCCUCUUAAUUUCUUGCUGUUUAAUGAACCUCUUGACUUCUUGUCUAUUUCACCAUUCAACUUUGCGCACGAAUUAACGAAGAUACAGUCAGAGCUGUUCUUUGACAUCUCAGCAUUUGAACUGUUCAAGUGGAAUAAAGAGAAAGGAGUUUGUAAAGGCGUGAGUGCCUCUGUAAACUUUUUUAAUCGUCUUCAGAAUUUUUUGAUCUUUGAAAUUUUGGACCAAAAAAACAUAGAAGAGCGAGUGAAGGUCGUCACACAUAUUAUUUUGAUUCUUGAGAAGUGUUACUCCCUUUUUAAUUUUGAUGCUGUUGUUUGUAUAGUCACUCUAUUUAAUUCGGCCGCCAUCCACAGACUCAAAAAUACGUUCAGUCAUCUAACCGACAAAACAAAAUCAAUUUUGGAGAUGGUUUCUAUGGUGGUCUCACCACAAAGCAACUGGGCGCAGUACAGACAAAUACUAAGGACCUCAGAGCAAAAGUCUGUUGUUCCUUAUUUAGGGCUUUUCUUGUCAGAUGUGUUAUUCACCGACGAUGGCUCUCCAUCCAAAAACAAGAAAAAUGAAAUCAAUUUUGAGAAGAGUAAGAAGAUGGGGAGUUACAUUGAGUCAUUUGACAUGUAUCAGAGGACGAAAUUUGAUAUACCCGAAAACAGUGUUAUUCGCGACUUCAUGUUUAAAGUACAGAACAUGCCAAUUACAACGGACAAAGAGCGCUUUGACAAGUCCAGAAGUCUUGAGAAGCCAUCGAGCAAAGAAAUUGAAAGAACUGAAAAUUUGGUGAAGGAGAAGGUUAUAGUGAAAAUGGUCAACAGAAAGGGCACCAUAGAAACAGCCAAAUUUUUCAUAGACGACAUUGUGGGAGACUUAAAAGGGUAUUUACAAACAAGCGAUGAGAACUUGUUCACUGAAUUGAAAGUGUCUUUGAUACAAGACGGCGGGAUCCUUGAUGUCGAAGACAACGCACAGAUGGGAACACUCAAAGACAUGUUUUCCGAUGGAAAUGCGCUGAUGGUUUGGCAGCAAAGUGAGACUUAUGAUAUAUACAGUGAUUUGGGGUAUCAAGAAAUGACGUUGGACACCACCCUUUCAUUCACACAACAAAAGUUUGCUAUUUUACGAGUUCUAAAAAUACACGAAGAGGUUGUUGCCCUCAAAAUGAAGCGAGCGAACUCGGAAGAAAACAAACAGGAGAACGUCAUAGACAGUUUCUUAGACGUGAACAAACCAAUUGGAGAUGUGAUAAAGACUGAAAACACUCUUUUACUUAUUCCUUUAAGCAAGACGUAUCCAAGCAUUAACGAACAAUUUUUAUGUGGGUCACUAUUGGAUAGAUUCGAGUUAAAGAUUAUGAAAACAACAUUCACUCCAUCAAUAAGUCCAAGAACACAACAUGAAGAGAAUACUAAGAACGUGUCGUUAGUACACGCAGACCCUUUCAUCAUUUUAAAGACUACAGAAAAGGUCAUUGUAUUCCCUUUGGACAGUAUGAACGUCGUUUAUAACCCAACGAAAGAACGAGUUAUACUAACAUCACCAUGUACAGACUUUAACAUUGAAAAUCCACUUGAAUUAAUUGGAGACAAACCUUUGAUGAAAAGGAUUGUGUCACUGUAUCACAAAGCACCAGCGAUGACUGGCGUGGAGUUAAACAGACUCAAUUUAAAUCACUUUGGAGUCCACCAACUCCUCUUUGAUAUCAUCAACGAAAUUUUUUCAAAUCGACAUUUCUUCGACGACAAUUACUGGGACAAAACAGAUUUAAUUAAGGCUCAAGAGAAACUUUUAAUGUGUGAGUUGGGGGAGUUUGUUGAACUAGAUGAAUAUGAUAAUGACGUCUUGUUGGGGAUGUUAGUGAUCUACUUGCAAUGUUUAGACAAACCCCUUUUUGGUGACUUCUCUGGCGAGUUGUCGUUUGUGAAAAACGCCGCACUUAAUGAACGUUUGUAA